CCCACAAACACCAACAAGACAAACAAAUGCAAUAUCCUAUGGCUUUUCCAUCUUCUUCAUCUUUCUCAGUAGAUUUUGCGUAUGAAAAUGAAUUGGAUUUCUCGAGUUUGUUAACUCCUUCAACGUUUGUAUCAUUCCAAGAACAUACUCCAUCUAAUCCAAUCAUUCAUUGUGCCCGUACUGAAAACGAUGGAAGACAAAGAAUCCGUGAGAGGAUCAUGCCAGAUGAAAUCACAAAAGAAGAUGUUGAGCCCAAGAACAAGAGAGCGAAACAUAGAGAGAUUGAGAGACAAAGAAGGCAAGAAGUCACGUCUCUUUUCAAGCACCUAAGAUAUAUAUUGCCAGUUCAAUAUGUUAAGGGUAAGCGUUCUUCAUCAGAUCACGUUCACGAAGCUGUGAAUUACAUCAAAGACUUAGAAAAAAAGAUCAAAGAGGUCAGCGAGAAAAGAGAUCGAAUCAAGAGAUCUAUUACUCAUCCAUCUCCAGCAGGAUACUGUCCUAUAAGAUCAUUAGCAGCAUCGUGUUCAUCAUCAUCAUCAUCAAAUUGUUUUUGUGUUGGAGACACACAUGUCGAUGUUAAGGUGAGGACUUGUUUGGUCGGUAUCGAGAUAGUAGCAAGUUGCUGUUUCAGACUCGAAUCUCGUCUCUCAAGUGUUCUUCAGCUUCUGGUUCAAGAACAAUGCUUUAAUGUUGUUAGCUGCAUCUCAACCAGACUGCACUUAAGAUUCUUACACACCAUUUUCUGUGAGGUAGAGAAAGGAAUAGAGAUUAACUUCUCAGAGCUUCAAGAAAAGAUAAUCAAAAUGGGGACUCGUGCUUAA